CCGGCGGAGCAAAGCAUGGCGUCGUCGCCGCAGGCGCAGCAAGGGCAGGCCCAGGGCGGCGGCGGCGUCUGCCCAGCGGAGCAGUUCUGGUCGCUCCUCGACAAGGCGGACCGGCGGUUCGCGCGGGUGCGGGACCUGCCCCUCUACGGCCGCCGCGAGCCGGAGGAGUACGGCAAGGCCUUCCGCAUCUACACCCAGCUCUGGCGCAUGCAGCAGGAGCACCGCCAGCGCCUCCUCGACGCCGGGCUCCGCCGCUGGCAGGUCGGCGAGAUCGCCGCGCGCAUCGCGCACCUCUACUACUCGCAGUACCAGCGCGCCUCCGACACGGCGCUCCUCUCCGAGGCCUUCGUCUUCUACCACGCCGUCCUCGACCGCGCCUACUUCCUCGACGAGCACCUCGGGGCGGGCGCCUCCACCAAGCACCUCCGCUUCCUCGCCAGGUUCCUCCUCGUCGCGCUCAUCCUCGCCCGCCGCGCCCACACCGUCCCCCUCCUCGCCUCCAGAAUCCGGGCGCUCCUCGACGAAUCCAAGAAGACCCUCCAGGAAUCCGAUUACAGGGAGUGGAAGCACACCGUGCAAGAAAUCACGAGGUUUCUCAAGGCCGACUCGCCCUUCAUGAACAUGAGGCCGCUCAGGUACAGCUACGCAUUUGAUCCUCCCCCGGAUAACCUCCCUACCGUCCCACCCACGGUCAAGAAGCGCGGUCUGCUCUUAGGUGAUGCCAUACUAUGCAGCUACUACCAUAACGAGGUCAAAUUCACCGACCUCACUCUAGACACAUUCAGAAUGCUUCAGUGUCUUGAAUGGGAACCAUGUGGCUCCUUUGCACUGAAUAAUGGGUACAGUGCCCAUGAUGAAGGCGGACAGAAUCACCCCAAUCUCUUGAAAGAUCUGAGAGAUGCUGCGUUGCCCCCGAACCCACUGAAAACAGUUCUACAUCGGCCCUCGGUGCCACAUUUACUGACGGUCCUUGCCACCAAAUGUGAGGAGCUCCCGUUGAAUGGUAUGAUGUUGAUAUACCUUUCAGCUGCAGGUGAGAUGGGAACCUCUGGACUUGGUCCCGAUGCCAGCGAGAGAGUUGUGAGCAGCUUUAGUAAGUUUGACGUAUCCAAUACCAGACCAGUCAAUCCAAAGGAAGAUAAUGAACCAUCCCUUUGGCUAGGUUGCCGAGAAGGAGAAGGCUCAAACUGCAUAUACCCUUGUGAUCUCAUCCCAUUUACAAGGAGACCUCUUUUUUUGGUGAUUGACAGUAGCGUCAGCUAUGCAUUUAAGUCAAUUCAUGGGGCUGAGAAGGGGGAGACAGCUGCCAUGUUACUUUCUAGAAGCUCCCGAUCUUGCGCUGUAGGAUUUGGCGCGGACUCGACUCGGCAGAGUGGUAGUCAAUUUACUAUGUUUCUCACUGCUCCAGUGCAAGCUUUCUGCUUUCUGAUCGGCAAGAAUGGGCUGGACAUUGACAAGGAAACUUAUAACAAAGCUGAGGAGCUACUAUCCUUGUCGUUGAAUGAUUGGUCCACGACUCUGGUUGCAUCAUCUUCACUUGACCCUGUUUGGAUUGAAGUGUUAGGCGAUCCACUCCUCAGGCGGCUGCUUCUCAGGUUUAUCUUCUGCCGGGCCACGCUUUCACUGUUGAAAGGGAGCAACAAUAAGGCGGAAUGCCUGCCAAGCUGCUUGCCUCCAUUGCCAGAGUCAGUUAGUGGAGAAAGCAUGCUGUCCCAGUGCUGUGUGAUGCGAGUUGCAUCUCUGUUGGGCGCUGCUGACCAGUUCUCGUUUGCUGAGGUGACUACAUGGUCUGACGUUGAUGAGCCCAUCGGCAGUGGAGGUGCAGACAGAUAGUCGUCAUUUUCGCUGGACUAAGUUCUCUUGCUAUUUAUAUGUAGUAUAAAUUGCUGGUAAAUGUUGUUGAUUUGUGGGUUCCUGUGGUACAAAGCAAAAGUUAUAGCACACUAUCCGCCCCUGCUAUUACAUCUGUUGAUUGAAUUUCAUGGGAGAACAAAGACUGACUACUGCAUUGAUCUUGUAAAACCGGCAACAGAUGUGUGCUAAAUUUUGUUGUGGCAUGGAAA